AUGACGACAAUAAAACACGAUAUCAACGAAAACGAUGAAUCUGAAGAGUCGCUAUCGAUUGAUGAUCAUAAAAUUAUGACAAUGAGUGUGAAAGAAUUAAAUGCAUUAUUGAAAUCAAUGAAACCAAAUGAUGCAGCAAAUAUUAAACGUCGACGACGUAUUCUUAAAAAUAAAGGCUAUGCUGCAAGUAGUCGUCAUCGACAAACUUCCAUGGUCGGAAAUUUAUCUUCUGAACGAAGUCAACUAGUGAGACAAAUCAAUCAAUUACAGCAUGAGAAUGAAUCAUUAUCACAAGAAUUACGAGGUUGGAAACAACGAUAUUCUGAUCUUCAGUUAUUAACAUCACCCGCCGGAACCGUAUCGCAAAACACAGCGGCAAAAUCCAAUUAUGUAAAAGAACCAUCCCAUUAA